AUGCUGUCCCGGAACGCUCUUCGCUUGCUGAGAUGCUCGUGUACACGUUCUAGAGCUACUGCGCGGUCGUCUUCAGCGUCGGCGCGGCGGGCGAACGUGAUCCGCGAGCUGGAGGAGCGAGGGAUGUUGGCAGAGCUGACGAGUCGAGCGGCGCGGACCCACGUCGAGUCGCCCACCACCGUCUAUCUCGGCGUCGACCCCUCUGCCCGCUCCCUUCACGUCGGAAACCUCCUCGCCCUCAUCGGAUUGCUGCAUUUCCGGCUGCAUGGUCACACUGCGGUGGCGCUGAUCGGUGGAGCGACUGGAGCGAUUGGCGACCCCUCCGGACGGUCGACAGAACGCAACGCCUUGUCGCCCGAAGUGCUCGCCAGCAACGUCGAAAGCAUCACGAAGCAGUUUACCACAUUCCUCGAGCGCGGCGUCACGUUUGCUCAGUCGCGGACACGGCGAAGAGACGCAGAAGAGGCGGCGAGGGGGGACGGCGGCUCGGUCAAGGUCGUCAACAACCUCGACUGGACAGGGUCGAUGACUCUCAUCGACUUCCUGAGUUCGGUCGGCAAGAUGGCGCGGGUGUCGACGAUGCUGUCGCGGGAAAGCGUCAAAUCCCGCCUCGAAUCCUCCUCCGGCAUCUCCUUCACCGAGUUCUCCUACCAACUCCUGCAAGCCUACGACUUUCUCCGACUACACCGUGACCUCGGAUGCACGAUGCAGCUCGGCGGGUCCGACCAGCUGGGCAACAUCGUCAGCGGCAUCGACCUGAUCCGACGGUCGAACUUUAUCGAGUCGGGCGAGGGAGAAGGAGAGGCGAAGGAGGAUCCGGCGUUUGGGUUGACGUUCCCGCUCCUUACGACGGCGGCGGGCGAGAAGUUUGGGAAGAGUGCGGGCAACGCGAUCUGGCUGGACCCGGCGAUGACGUCGCCGUUCGAGGUGUACCAGUUCUUCCUGCGAACGACCGACGAGGAGGUUGAGAAGUACCUCAAAAUCUUCACCUUCAUUCGCGUAGUCGAAAUCGAGGGCAUCAUGCAGGACCACAAGGCGAACCCGAAGAACCGUAUCGCGCAGAAGGUCCUCGCCGCCGAGGCCACCGAGCUGAUACACGGCGCCACCGGCCUGAAUCAAGCGCUCGCCGCGACGUCCGUCUUCUACGGCUCCGACCUCGCCUCGCUCAUCACGCCCGAGAUCAUCCAAGCGCUCGACGGUGCCGCGACAUCUUCAGCCUCGACCGCUGCGAUACCCUCGCUUCUCGCUCGGCUACCGAAGGAGGAGUUCCUCGGACAGGCAUUGGAGAAGCUGGCUAUCGCGAGCGGGCUGAUGGCGUCGAAGACACAAGCCCGAAAGGCCAUCGAGGCGGGUACGAUCCAGUUGAACGGAGCGCGGAUCCCGCCUAAAAGCUAUCAGCGUACGAUCAGCGAUGCGGAUCUGCUGGACGGGCGACUCGUGGUGAUCAAGGCGGGCAAGACGGCGCACAAGGUGGUGUUGCUCGAGUAG